AUGUGGUUUCAUGGCCAGGAAAUGUCGGCUAGGCCUCUUCUAAUCGUCGCCUCGUUGCUGGCACUCGUCUGCACCUCAACUUCGAGCCAAGCAUCUAGCUCAAUCGACGCCUCAUCCACAAACACUCAGGUGGCCUUUUGCCAGUUCAAGACGAUCAAUUACAUCACGCACACACUUCCUCAACAGUGUCUCAAGACCAGUUGGCCAGGCGGCAGGGCUAUCAGUGAUGGCCCAACUCCGAUAAACGACAACGCAAGCCUACCUUCCGACGAUUCAACGAAAACUACACAUAGUGCUGGAGAACCUGUGGUCGCGGCCACCAACGUCUCGGCACCCGACCGGACAAGCAACGAUAAUACAAAUUCGUCUCCUACCGAGACCGCAACCGAUGAUGAAGUCACCCCGAGGCCUUUCAUGUCCUUUGAGGAGUGGAAGGAGAUGAUGCUUCGAAAGGCUGGUCAAGACCCCUCGGAACUCAAAUCUCGGAAACCAGUCGAGCGCGCGACCGAUCAUGACAGAGCAACUAGGAGCUUGGGCCUUGAUAGUCUCGGUAUCGAUGAUGGGGAGAUCGACUUGAACUUCGAUGUUGUUUCUGAGAAAAUCAGCAAUAUUGCAUCAGCACCCCAGGCCAUUCCGACAGAAGUGGCAACUUCCGACCAACAGCAAGAGCCUGUACUUUAUGACGAUGGGAGGACGCAAUACUACCGGAGUAAGGACGCUGGAAAGACCUGCAAGGAAAGGUUUUCCUACUCGUCAUUUGACGCUGGCGCAACGGUUCUUAAGACCAACAAAGGCGCGAAGAAUGCCAAGGCCAUCUUGGUUGAAAACAAGGAUUCAUACAUGCUACUGGAAUGCUCUGCAGGAAACAAGUUCGUGAUUGUUGAGCUCAGUGACGAUAUUCUAGUCGACACCGUUGUGCUGGCCAACUUCGAGUUCUUCUCCAGUAUGGUUGAUAAGUGGAAAGAUUUGGGCACAUUCGAGGCCAAAAACUCUCGGGACAUCCAGCCCUUUCUCGUUCAAAACCCCCUGAUCUGGGCCAAAUACGUCAGGAUAGAGUUCCUGACUCACUAUGGCAAUGAGUUCUAUUGUCCAGUCUCGUUAUUACGUGUGCACGGCACACGAAUGUUGGAGUCAUGGAAGGACCAAGAGACGCAGACAGAUGAAGAAGAGACGGCGGAAGAGCCUGUAGGCGAGUUGCCUAGUCCUGCCACGAACGCUGAGAUUGAUCGAGUUGACGAAACAUACACCUCAUCAUCGGCGAAGUCUGUUCCUGUAGGUGCAUACCAAAGCAGCACAUACACCGAUCUGAGGCCAGGAGGAGGAGAAAGUACGAGCUUGGGCACGUCUUCGACAAAGACAGCACAAGCCACUGUCCAAUCCCGCAACAAGCACAACUCAACAGCAGCGCCCUCAUCUCCCACAGUCCAGGAGAGCUUCUUUAAGGCCGUCAGCAAGCGCCUGCAGUACUUGGAGUCAAAUGUCUCACUGUCACUUAAGUACAUCGAGGACCAGUCUCGCUACCUACAAGAGAUCCAGAAAAUGGCUGAGAGGAGGCAAUUGUCUAGAAUAGAUAUCUUUCUGGAUAGUCUCAACAAUACCGUACUUUCAGAACUGCGGACUGUUCGCCAGCAGUAUGAUCAGAUAUGGCAAUCUACUGUCAUUGCGCUGGAGAGUCAGCGAGAGCAGUCACAGAGGGAAACUGUCGCACUCAGCUCUAGACUCAACAUUCUUGCCGACGAAGUUGUGUUCCAGAAGAGGAUGGCCAUCGUACAGGCCAUUCUCCUGCUGUCAUGCCUCAUUCUCGUCAUAUUCUCCCGAGCAAUGACACAACCGAUCCUGGCUGGUUCCUUUGAUCUCGGUCGAACAUCGAAUCUGAAUCAUCCCGAUCCUGGCAUUGGAUCCGAGCAAUUUUGGCCGGCCGUUUGA